AUGCUGUUGAUCGCAAUAGUUGUGUUCUUACUCACAGCCGGUUUCCUCUUCCAUUGGGGACAACGCGCUCGGCGUGCGGCAGUCUCCAAUCUGCCAGGUCCUUAUUGUUGGCCAGUCCUUGGAGCAGUGCAGUUGAUGUGCAAAUUGAAUCCAAAAACAUUCAUAAAAACAAGUCACGAGCAGGUGAAAAAACUGGGAACAUUGCAGCGAGCUUGGGUUCUAAAUCGCCUGCUCAUUGUAUCCUGCGAUGUGGAGUUCAAUGAGCAACUGUUAGCUAGCCAGGAGCACUUGGUCAAGUUGCCUGCUUACAUGGUGCUGGCUCAAUGGCUGGGCAACGGUUUGCUGCUUAGCGAUGGCAAGGCGUGGCAUCAGCGACGCAAGAUUAUAACGCCCACAUUUCACUUUGCGAUUCUCGAGCAAUUUGUGGAAGUCUUUGAUCAGCAGUCGAACAUUUGCGUGCAGCGAUUGCAGCAAAAAGCUGAUGGCAGCAGUAUCUUCGAUGUGUAUCCUUUUAUCUGCCUAGCUGCGUUGGACAUCAUUGCGGAGACAGCGAUGGGUACCAAAGUGAAUGCGCAGAUGGCAGAUCAGAUGACGCCUUAUGUCAAUGCGGUUAAUGAAUGCACUGCUCUCUUCGCCUGGCGUUUUAUGUCUGUUUAUGCACAGAAUGAGCUGCUCUUCACCUUGUUGCAUCCACUCUUGAAACUGCGUCAAACCAAACUUAUUCGCAUAAUGCACGAGUUUACUACCAAGGUAAUUGAGCAGCGUCGUCAGACUCUGGAAGAGAAGCAGCAGUCGGAAGAUUCGACUGUUGAAUCUGAGCAAGUUCUGGGCAAGAAGCGUCGCAUGGCUUUGUUGGAUGUCCUGCUGCAGGCCAGCGUUGAAGGUCGUCCUUUAAGAAACGACGAAAUACGCGAGGAAGUCGAUACUUUUAUGUUUGAGGGUCAUGAUACAACAACUAGCGCUAUUUCCUUCUGCCUUUGGCAGAUCUCAAGAAAUCCAGAGGUGCUGCAGAAAAUGCUGGCGGAGAUUCUGCAAGUGUUGGGCACAGAUCGCAAUCGAGCGAUCAGCAUACGUGAUCUCAACGAGCUGAAGUACAUGGAAUGCGUCAUGAAGGAAUCUCUACGCAUGCAUCCUCCGGUUCCUGUUCUAGGACGCACUCUCAAAAACGACUUUAAAUACACUCAUUCCACGCUUGGUGAUGGCGUUAUACCAGCUGGGUCGGAGAUUAUCAUGGGUCUGAUUGGCAUGCAUCAUCAGGAGAAGUAUUUCCCAGAGCCCGAAGUCUUUCGGCCAGAUCGUCACGAGCACGAAGAACGCACAUCGAGCUAUGCUUAUGUGCCUUUCAGUGCUGGGCCAAGAAACUGCAUUGGUCAGAAGUUUGCGCAGCUGGAGAUGAAGAUGUUGCUGGCCAAGAUUGUGCGGGAGUUCGAACUGUUGCCGCUGGGCGAACCAAUUGAGAUGGUGGUCAACAUUGUGCUGCGCUCCGACAGCGGAUUUCAGCUUGGGAUGCGCAGGCGCAACCUCUCCAUUUAGAAAUAAGUUAAGGCAGAAGACAGUUGCCAACCCAAUAUUAUUUUACUUUAAUUUAUGAUUAAAUAUUAUCUUAAUUUUA